GUCAAAGGUCAUCUAAGUUUACUACAACUCCCAUGGUGCAUUUUGAUAAUGGCUAUUUGGAUAAUUGAUUCAUUGCAGAAGUAUUUUUACUCUUUCCAAGCAUAAUCUCGAUGAUGAAGAUUUCCUGCUCCCCUCUGCUAACAUGUUGGAGGUGGGGUUUAUGAGCUAACCUGCAGCCUGCCACCAGGUGGCGAUAGAAAUGACUUGGCUUCACGUUGAUGAUUACAGUCUGACCUGGUGUGAAUGUGUCAGACCUGGACGUUUGUUUCGGACUCUGUAUUUUCACGAUUUAAGUGGUAAACAUGUUAAGUCGAGCGCUUCUUUAACAGGUAAAUAUAAAGAUCGUGAACGUCCUCUGACGUUCACAGAUUUCCAAGGGUCAGUUUGUGGCUUUAAGUUUUCAGAUCAAACACAGUGAGUCUUAAAACAGCCUGAAGGCAGAAAUCGAUACAGACUCAUCGUCAUCGCGUACCAGGCGACAGCAGGAGUUCGGCCUCAUUGGGUUUGAGGUUGUUGACAUUCUUUCAGCGGAGACAACCUUCAUGACGACCACGACACAAACUGCCCUCGUCUUCCCGUUUCCUCGACUUCUCUCCUCAGAAGCAUCUUAAUUAUUGGCAGCUGACUCUUUGUGAAUUGUCUCCCAAUCAAGCAGCAAUAAUUGCAGCGACACACUGAAGAGGCCUGAGGUUUCUCAGCUGAAAGAAUGAAGGUUAGUGCCUUUGUGUGCGUCAGAGGAGGGGGGGGGGCAAUGGGUAACCACGGCAGCCGUGACCCAAGGGCGGCGCUCGAUGAUUGGAGGUCGCUUCGUUUUUUAAAAAGGUGCGAGAUGACAGAAGAUAGAGAAGAUACAGAAGAGGACUCAAGGGAAGAGAUGGAAAUGAGUUUUUCUCCCUCAUCUUCUUCACCGACACUCAAACAUAUGAGACCAUCUUUCCAUCUCGGGGCCUCUCAGCUCACCCUCCUCUUCCUCGCCCUGCUCUGCCCCAUCCCAUGGACGGCGUGGUCGUGCCCCCUCUCCUUCGCAGACACAAUGGACGGAUCUGAUCUGGAGUCUGUGCUGCAGCACCAGGCGGCUCUGGACCAGCUCGUCGCCCCUCAGCUCGUCCACCAAGCGCUGCUGGAGCCUGGGCAGGAGGCCGAGGAGGACGGAUCCUGGGAGGAGGAGGCGCUGCUGAGAGCCCAGAGAGGAGACCUGAUGGCCCGGCCACUGCCGCCCUUCCCUGAGGGUCACUCUCUGGAGAGCUACCACUACCAAGACGGAGGAGAAGGGGAGGAAGGCGGGAAGAGGAACGAAGCUCUGACCUCCAUCAUCGGGGGGCUCCAGGCUGUCAACCGGGAGAAGGGGGGCUUCGGUUUCCGCUUCGGGAGGAAAAGAUGGACUGACCGG